AUGUUAAACACCAAAUCUCCAUCUGAACCAAAGACCGUCGAACCGGAUUCUCUCUCGGAACCUCCUCUACACGAAAAUGGCUCCUACGAUCCUAACAGUGGUGUAAAAUACGGCCUCAAAAACCGACAUCUAAGCAUGCUCGCCCUGGCCGGCAUCAUCGGUCCAGGUCUCCUCGUGGGUUCUGGCCGUGCUCUUCAAAAUGGUGGUCCGGCUUCAUUAUUGAUUGGCUUUGGCGUCAUCGGAAUCAUCGCGUUCUCCAUCAUGCAGAGUUUGGGAGAGCUGACGACGCUGUAUCCGGGCGGUGGCAGUUUUGUGAGUCUGGCGGACAGGAUGGUGGAUCGGUCUUUCUCGGUGGCCGUCGGGUGGAACUACUGGAUUAUCUGGGUUGCUGUGCUGGCGAACGAGUACAACGUCAUUUCGAGCAUUUUUGUCUUCUGGAGCGAUAAAGUGCCGAUCUGGGGCUACUUCUUAAUCUUCUGGUCGGUAUUCUUAGUCUUCCAGCUGCUUGGUGUGGAAGUGUUUGGAGAGGCGGAGUUCUGGCUUGCCCUGAUGAAACUUCUGGGUCUGGCGGCAUACUUCGUGUUCAGCAUCAUCUAUGCCUCCGGAGGACUCGUUGGUCAAGACGAGCCUUUGGGCUUUCGAUACUGGCGGGAUCCAGGUCCUUUCAAUGGCAAUGGCUUCCGUGGCGUGGCGGCUGUCUUCAGCUAUUGCUCGACCUUCUAUGCUGGAGUGGAGAGUGUAGCCGUCGCAGCGACUGAGACCAGGAAUCCGAGCGUGGCUGUUCCGCAGGCAAUUCGUCAGGUCUUUUGGCGGAUCAUCUUCGUUUACAUGGGGUCUGCCUUCUUCUUUGGCCUGACGUGCCCAGCCAACGCCAUUCAACUCGUCGAUGGCUCCAGCCGCUCCCUUCAAAGUCCAAUGACAGCCGCGAUUCAAAUCGCGGGCUGGCAAGGCGGCGUCCACUUGAUCAACGCCUUCAUCUUCAUCACCUGCCUCAGCGCUGUCAACAGCUCCAUCUACAUCGGCUCCCGUACAAUCCUGUACAUGGCACAAGGCGGCCAAGCGCCCGGUUUCCUCGGCAAGACCACCAAGCGCGGUGUGCCCGUCUACGCUAUCUUGCUCACCAACGCCUUCGGCGCCCUGGCGAUGAUGAAUGUCAGCACCGGCGCUGCGAGAGCAUAUGGCUACAUCGUCAAUAUCAGCGGUGUCUCCACGUUCCUUGUCUGGGGCAGCAUCUCAUUCAUUCACAUCCGCUUCCGCACAGCAUGGAAGGUCCAAGGCCGCACCGUCGAAGAGCUACCUUUCAAGUCCAUGCUCUAUCCAUGGAAUGCCUACUUCGGCCUAGCAGCCAACGUAUUCCUUGCGUUGGUGCAAGGCUGGGGGACUCUCGCGCCUUUCAACGCCGGCAACUUCGUCAGCGCAUAUAUUCUCUUGCCGUUGUUUCCAGUGAUAUGGGUGGUGUUCAAGUUGAUCAAUCGGACGCAUUUCCGGCGGGCAGAGGAGAUUGAUCUGGUAUCCGGGAGGAGAGAGGAUUUGGAUGUUGUGAAGAAAGUGCUCUAUACGGAAGGGGUGGGAGGGAAGAGUGUGCCGUGGUGGCGGAAAGUGUUAAAGAGCUGUUGA